AUGGCCUUUUACUUGGAUUGUUUCUGUUUACUCAUGCUCAAGUUCUCAAUCACCAUGGCAAACUUGCCUAACAUCUCCAAUGAAGCAUGCGCUGACGGUGCUGUUACUGUUGUAUUACAAUUUGGUGUGUAUCAAGAUAGCUGCCCAAAGGCUGAGCCUAUCAUCUUUUCUUGGGUGGAAAGGGUAGUGUCCCAAGACCCUAGAAUGGCCGCUUCUCUGCUUCGACUUCAUUCCCACAAUUGCUUUGUUAAUGGAUGUGAUGCAUCAGUGUUGUUAGAUGACAUUGUGAAAAAGUAGUACUAGUGUGGUGGUGUAGUAAUUUGCAUUCUAAUUCCUCAAUCAGGUGGCCCAGGCUGGGAAGUGGAAGUGGGAAGGAGGGACAGCUUGACAGCAAGCAAAACAGCAGCCAACAACAACAUUUCAGGCCCCAAUUCGGACGUCCCAACACUCAUCACCAAGUUCAGAAAUGUCGGUCUCACACUUGUUGAUGUCGUUACCCUCUCAAGUACAUUCACAAUGGGGAAAGCUCGAUGCUCAACAUUUAGCUCUCGGAAAAGGGGUAACAGCAAUAGCGACUCAAAUGGCCCAGACAAUUAUGUGGCCUUUCUUACCUCUCUCCAGCAACUACGCUCAGUAACAGAUAGCAACACAACGCUAGCACAUCUUGACCUGGUGACCCCAUCAACAUUUGAUAACCAGUACUAUGUUAACCUAAUUUCUGGGGAGGGAUUACUUCCAUCUGAUCAGGCUCUUGUGAAUGGAGCAAAUACGUUACAAAUACACAAUGAAUUUUUUCAAGAACCAGAAACAAUUGUAUCAAACAACUCAAAAAUAAACAUUUACAAGCGAAAGUAA